AGUGCGUUCAACUUUACCAAAAAUAUUGAUUUCUCAUCUGUCAAAUAAGAGAGUUGUUUUUACCGCGGGUGUUUUCAGAAAAUCAGCGAAAAUGUGUGAAAAUCACGUAAUAAACACUUUAUUUACGGACUUCCAAAGUAAUAUGGAUAGGGAGCAAGAAAUACGAGAGGUUAUAAGAAAUAUCUGCAAGGAUGUCGGUCAAAUAUCGCGGGAAGCGACCACAGUGCUUCAAGUUAUCCACCACAAUGAAGCCGGCAUAAAUCCUGCUUGCCUUAAGGCCAGGGAACUGUUUGAGAAGGCGCGGGAAGGAUACGCCAGACUGACUGAAGCUCUGCCUCCUAAUGAUUACUACAAAUACCAAGAACAUUGGCGCAACAUGACACAGCGCUACUGCUUCCUGAUCGCACUCACCAUCUGGCUGGAGACAGGGAUCCUCGCCACACACGAGACUGUUGCUGAGGUGCUUGGCAUAAGUGCUCUGGAAAGGAAGACUGGUUUCCAUCUGGAUAUAGAGGACUACCUCAACGGACUGCUGCAGCUGUGCUCGGAACUGUCUCGCCUGGCAGUAAACUCAGUAACACGCGGCGACUUCGAGAAACCGAUGCAGAUCUCCAAGUUUGUCAUGGAGCUGAAUGCAGGCUUCAGACUACUGAAUUUGAAGAACGAUCACCUGCGCAAGCGUUUCGAUGUACUCAAGUACGAUGUGAAGAAAAUUGAAGAAGUUGUCUAUGAUCUCAGUAUUAGAGGGUUGCGGCCCAAGCCGGAGCCGGUUGUCGAGGGUUAAAGCCUAACUUUGUGGUACCAAUUGUCUAUUGCCAGUAGAGGUGGCCGAUUUUUCCGAUAGAUACUCAAAAUGGAUCAAUGCUGAGUAAAAAAACGUGUUAUUUACCUAAUUUUUAGAUACAUAUUCGAGUAAAAACUGAUAAAUACCUAGUAUUUAGUCGAGUGAUCGCAAGUGCGACUGCCGACAUGCGGUCUCGGGGUCGAUUCCCGGGUCGGGCAAAGUAUUACUAUGCUUUUUCAGUUUUUCGAUAGUUUCUCAGUAGUCGCACGGAGUUUGGAAUUGUGUCCAGUAUAUGGCAAUAUGCUCACCCCCUAUUACAUGGGACUUAUAACACAAAUGGUAAAAAGUGGUUGUCGUAAUGUGCAUCUCUGCCUACCCCAUCGGGGAUAAAAGGCGUGACGUUCCGUUACUCAGUAUUUAUCCAUUUUGAGUAUUUAUCAGUAAAAUCGCCCAUCUAUAAAUUACCAGCUAAAAUAUCUUGUUUUUAUAAAAGUGUAGUACACGCUAGGAUAUAAUUAAAAAUCUUAUUUUUAUAGUCACUUGCUAGGAUUAACACGUGUUUACAAACAUACAAUUUUACAUACACAUUACACCCAGACUCGGAACAACGAUUUGUUGAACAAAAAGUUGUUUCAUGCGGGAAUGAAACUUGAAUAUCGGACUUUAGAAAUUGAUUAAGAGUCAGUGUAGAUCUAAAAUACUAAUUUGGUAAAGAUAAAAAUAAGCAUUUUUGAUUAAAAUUUUGGAUUUUAUCGUAGCGUCAAAAAAGGCGCUGUUUGUAGCGCUAAUCCCGCAUCUCAGGCAAAUACAACUAUGCUGUUUUGUAAUAAAAAAUAUUAGCUUUUGCCCGCGUUAAAUUCAGAGUUCUUCAUUUUUAACUGCAUCAAAAUCGGUUCAGCCAAACGUGAGAUAAUCGCGCACAAACAUACAUACAUACAGGUCUAACUGAGAACCUACCUACCCUGAACCUACUUUAUUUUAAUUGGUUAAAAAACCCUUAUCAAAAUCUGUUGUGUAAUUUUAUAGAUCUAAGCAUACAGACAGCAGAAGCGACUGUUUUGUACUACGUAGUGAGGUUACAUAAAUUUGUAUCAAGACCGUAACGUGAAAUAUUUCGGUCUAUACGUAAGAUUUUUAUAGUAUUUUUCUAUUAUAUUAAAGUUAGAAAGAGAUAAAUAGAAUUGGUAUAUAAAAAGAUUGGUACCUAUAGCACUGAUAUUCUAAAAGUAUUCUUUUUAAUAUUAAUUGGUUAUAGCAAUAAAUGAUAUGCUUUAAA